AGAGACUGCGCCACCCCCGCGCUGUUUCGGUUCUUACCAACAUUCAAAAGUAACCACGGAACUAGACACCUCAGCUUAUGAUCAUAGCCGUGCUCACCACUGUAAACCAUUUCUCAGGAAGCGAGACAACAAAUCCUCAGGCGAUAUCAUUUCCUUGCCGUGUUCGGAUCCUCGACAGUGAAGUCCCGGUAGUCCUCGUUGGUGACGCUGUACGGAUUACAGGCAGCCGUGUACCUGUCCUUUGAACAACCCUUCAACAUAGCCGCAACUGCUUUCACACAAAUCGCUGAGCUAUUGCUACUAGGAGCCGAAAGUACCCAUUCUCGCAGACUGCUCUACAAUGCAUGCCUCGUGUCACGCACGUUCAACGAGGCCUUCACGCCCUCUCUGAAUCGCUGUCUGCGAUAGGAUGCAAACAAUGUCCAUUUCUUGUAUGAUGAGUCGAAGCUGGACCUCAUUAUCCGCAGCGGGAAGCUUUCUUACACGCGAAUUAUGAUCGUUUCUUCGCCGGCCCUCGCCUCGAUGGCGGAAGUAUGGAAGGACAGGUUUCUACAGGGCGGUCUAAGUUGGUAUGCAUGGCAUCAUGGACUUCUUGACGAUGUGUACGACCGGAUCAACUGCGCGCCGAUCAACCUCUUCUCUGCCGCUAGAAGACUUAGAAGCUUCGCGUGUUCACAGCUGGCAUUGUCUCGCGAGUGCAUUGGAACUUUGAGCAGCCUUACUGACCUCCGAAGCUUGUACUAUGAUUUUCCAGUCGGCCACAAGCUCAAUAUGCGCUGCGAGAUGGGCGAGAUAAGGCUGAAUGGGGGCCUUUACACCGCUUGUGCCGGCACGUAUGGCGCACCACCCCAGGAUGCGAUUUGCAAACACCUAACGCAGCUCUCCCUCAUCAACAUAUGCGGUGAUCUGGAUGUUUGGAAGCGAUGGGUUAUCUGCGUCAUCUCUGAGUCGGCCCAGCUCAAGCGACUGUCGGUGUCCAUUGAAUACGACAUGAUCCUUAAUCUCGAUCCGCCCGAGGGGCGUGGAAAUAGCAUCGAGCAUCCUUUCAACCUGGUUCAGUACAUCAAUGAGAUGCCUGUCCCAGACGCCAUUUGUGCCACCACACUCCGCGAGGUCUAUAUGGCGGGCAUCAUAGACUUUACUGAUGAUCCGCAUUUCUGGAUCGGCACACUUGAUCUCAAGGCAUGGGCCUCUUUAUCCCACUUUGCCUUUCUAAUAAUAGAACCCGAUUCCAUCGAAUCCAUCUCACAAAAGGCCAGUCACACACUGACGAGCCUGAGUGUGGAGCGGAUUUUCUUCCAUAAUGUCGUCGACCCACCACCUAGUCUACCUGAGAUAUUUCGACGGCUCGACAACCGCCGCAUUACCUAAUUCUUCUGCUGGCUUCUUAUGCCGUUUAUCAAUUGCUCCUGAUGAUUACAUCGGCAACAGCAUGUUAGGCUCGUAGGGAAAGGGCAUCGUCCGGUAGGAGAUAGAUUCCACCGUCUCUACGUUUCGCCCAGUUCGCCUAUAUUACGAACGAUAAUUGGCCCGUGCCUACUACACUAGACAAGGAUGAUGAUGGAUCAUCUUAGUCUUUCGGGGAUUAUUGUAGUAACGCCUUCACUAUACCAUAGCUACGAAGAAUUAGUAUGGCGCGUACCGCCCUUGCCCUGACGAAGAAUCGAAUGAUAGAGAAAGGCACAAAUUCGAAACUUUCAUAAUCAUGUGAUUGCUAACUUUCUAUAACAAGGGCAGAUAUCUAGGCUUGGAAUUUAAUGCUAUUCACACUAUAAUGAUGCAUAACGGCUAUAAAAUGCCUUAGUUAACCAAUUUAUUUUAAUCUUAAUAGCUUAACUUAACUCUAUAUAUAAUUAGUUUACUAGCCUUAACCGCUUAAGUGUUG